GAAUCUUCUCUGAUGAACGGAGAAAAGUAGAAAACCCUAAUAGAAGAGUUCUGCAAUUCCCAAUUUGUCCCUGAUAUAUUCAGAUCAUUUACUUAUAUUUAUUGGGAGCUUCUAGCAUUUUCCAGUUCUGCACGCUGUAUAAAACAUCUUCAAAUCAACGUUAUCGACCUGCGCUUCACGUUCGCCUUCUUCACUUCUUUGGUUAACGCAAUGGCUGAAGACUUGGCAUUGGAUUUGGAAGAACUUCGUCACUUGCAGAGCAUCGCAAAACGGCCCAGAAUCAUCUCUCUCCUCUAUUCCGAGAUUAACAACUUGGAAAAGUUAUCAAAGGAGACACCUUCUGUGCCGCCGCCACAGAUUCCAGCUCCAGUUUCAAGUGGAACUAAGGUGCCAUCCGUUCCAGCGCUCAAGUAUGCAACGCUUAGUUCAUUCAGUUGGGAUCAAGAUAAUGACAAAGUCAAGAUAUAUGUAUCUCUGGAGGGAGUUGAGGAGAAUAAGAUAGAGACCGAUUUCAAGCCAAUGUCCUUUGAUGUGAAAUUCCAUGAUAUCCAGGGCAAGAACUACCGAUGUGCCAUACCAAAACUGCACAGUGAGAUAGUACCUGAGAAAUGCAAAGUGUUGGUGAAGCCUACAAGGGUGAUCAUCACAUUGGUCAAGGCUUCCAAAGGAAACUGGCUAGAUCUUCACUUCAAAGAAGACAAGUUGAAACCUAAAAUGGAUAAAGAGAAGGACCCUAUGGCUGGAAUCAUGGACUUGAUGAAGAACAUGUAUGAGGAAGGAGAUGAAGAAAUGAAGAGAACAAUUGCAAAAGCAUGGACCGAUGCAAGAUCUGGAAAAACAGCUGACCCCCUAAAGGGUUUCAAUUGAGGGAGAGAAGACGCAUGUAAUUCUUCUUGUGUUAUUCCUGUCUGUAGAGAAUGGCUUGAUUUCCUUCAUUCUACUUCAAGUCUCCUAUAGGAAAUCGUAUGUUGGGUGGCAGGAGAAAAGGAAAAAGAAAAAAAUGGAAAAAUAUGUUAUGUCAUGAUUAUUGGGCUCUUGCUUGAUGGCAUCUGUAGGCCGUAGAUGGGACGUUUACCUUGUUUUUGUGUUCAAGAACGAUAUCUUUCUGUUUUAUUACUCCGUCUUUCUUCUUCGGUUA